UGUUGAUGUUUUGCGCGUCUAACUCUUGAUGUGAAUACAGGUUGAAUAUAUGGUAGCGCGAUCGUUGCUUGCUAAUUAACAUUUUAUUGAAGAUGGCGCUGCGUUUAAUUGGAAUGCUAAUGCUGUCUUUUUCAAUAUUGGCUUUUGCAAUUCCACGACCGAAUAAGAGCGAAACCAAGAAACGCGUGUACGAGCAUCAACCUUUAUCCGACGAGGAGCAUUUCAAAGGCAAAGGACAUGAGCAUAAUGUUGAUUAUGACCACGAAGCAUUUUUAGGUAACGAACAGAAGGCCACGUUUGAUCAAUUAUCGCCCGAAGAAAGUGUGCGUAGACUAGGAAUUCUUGUUGAAAAGAUUGACAGUAAUGGUGAUGGAAAAAUAACAGAAGAUGAAUUAAAAUCGUAUGUUGACCAUACGCAAAAGAGAUACAUAUAUGAAGAUGUGGACAGGCAAUGGAAAGACCUGAAUCCUGAUGGCAAACCAUCUCUUUCAUGGGGAGAAUAUGUCAAUAGAACGUACGGAUUUGAUGUUGAUGAUCCAGCGAGAAACACGGAAUUUAACUACAAAGACAUGAAAAAGCGUGACAGACGGCGUUGGGAGAAAGCAGAUGUCGACAAAGAUGACAAACUCACAAAGGAUGAACUUACCACAUUUUUACAUCCAGAGGAAUUUGAUCACAUGAAAGAUAUUAUGGUGGAAGAGACGCUUAAAGACAUUGACAAGGAUAAAGACGAAAAGGUGUCGUUGGAUGAGUAUAUAGGUGACAUGUAUUCAGAGGAGGAAAGAAAAAAUAACGCUGAAGAACCCGAUUGGCUAAAAACUGAGAAAGAACAGUUUUCAAAAUAUAGAGAUAAAAACAUGGAUGGUUAUUUGGAUAAGGCUGAAGUGAAGGACUGGAUUCUACCCGCAGAAUAUGAUAAUGUUGCUGCAGAGGCUACUCAUCUAAUGCAUGAAGCUGAUGCUAACAAAGAUGGCACACUGACCAAGCAAGAAAUUUUAGAGAAACACGAUAUAUUUGUGGGCAGUCAGGUGACCGAUUUUGGAGAGGCCUUAGCUCGACAUGACGAGUUUUGAACUCAGUACGGGAGCGAAUUAUCUGCACUUUAUAACAAAAAUAUUUAUAUGAGAGUAUUACGAAACUACAUUUGAUAUCCUUUGUACAGGAGUAAACAUUAUAAAAAUACUCAAUUUUUCUCAUA